GAAUGUGGGGGUAAGACUUGAGAAAUAGGAGGAGCUUCUGAACGACUAGAAAUGUCAAUCAGAGAAAGGAGUCCCAAUAAUCUAAAGCAAUCUGUAAGGACCUGACCUUAGUCCAUUCAGAUCAAUAGGGGCGUGAGGGAGGGACGCGCGCUCGGAUCGUUUACACCGGCUGUUUUGGAGGAAAUAUAGACUUCCCUUACACUGUGUACUCACUGUAAAGUGGAUAUCGUAGUGCGCAUCAAGAAGGCGAUUUUCCGCUUUUUUGCGAUUGCAGCAGACUUUUUCCACUACAAUGUCUUUCCCACAGCUGGGAUAUCAGUACAUCCGACCGAUAUACCCGCAAGAUCGGCCAGGCGUCGGCGCAGGGCGCACCGGCACAGACCUGAGUCCGUCCGGGGCGCUUUCUAAUGUUCUCUCAACUAUGUACGGAUCACCUUUCGCCGCCGCGCAGAGCUACGGGGCUUUCCUUCCUUAUUCAAACGAUCUGUCCAUUUUCAAUCAGUUGGGAGCUCAAUAUGAGCUCAAAGACAGUCCGAGUGUACAGCACGCGGCAUUCGCCCACCACCACCCUGCGUUUUACCCGUACGGCCAGUACCAGUUCGGAGACCCGUCCAGACCCAAAAACGCUACCCGCGAGAGCACAAGCACGCUCAAGGCCUGGCUGAGCGAGCACCGGAAAAAUCCGUACCCCACCAAGGGCGAAAAGAUCAUGCUGGCCAUCAUCACCAAAAUGACCCUCACGCAAGUGUCCACCUGGUUCGCCAACGCCAGGAGGAGGCUAAAGAAGGAGAACAAGAUGACCUGGACCCCGCGGAACCGGACAGACGAAGAAGGAAAUGUUUACAGCAGCGACCACGAGGGAGAAGACGUCGACAAGAGGGAGGACGAGGAAGAAAUCGAUUUAGAGAAUAUUGACACGGAAAAUAUCGAGAACAAAGACGACUUGGACGAGCAGGACGAGUUGCAUUCCGAUUUGAAACUGGACGGCAGCUGUGACUCGGAAAUCUCCGACGGCUAUGAGGAUUUACAUGGGCCUGAACAAAAGUUUUUAAAAGCUGUGGUAAAAGAAGGAAAAGACAUCCAGGUGGAGCGAGCCGAACACUUGCACCACCACCACCACCACCUACACCACUCUGUGGAUCUCAAAACGCAACCGCCCAGUGGCGAGCAAAUCAAACUAAACCAGGUGUCCAACUCCCCCCGCAACGAGAUCAACGCAGCCCCGCUCCAGAAACCUAAGAUUUGGUCUUUGGCCGAGACGGCGACGACACCGGACAAUCCCCGCAAAUCUCCCCUAAUGAACGGGACCUCCUCCGGGCCUGUCGCCCAGACCGUCAUCCCACCCCACAGACUCAUUUCGUGUCCCGUAGGGAAAAUUCAGAACUGGACGAACCGGGCUUUCUCCGCUCACCAGCUCGCGUUACUGAACUCCAACCAUUACUUAGGACUGGCUAACCAGGCUCCCGGCAACGGCCUCGCGCGCUACUCCCACCGGCAAGCCGAGGAGCGAGGUCACGUCUCAGAGAGCGCAGAAGAUCUAGUGCCUUUGAAGGAGAGAAAAAGUUAAAAUCAGCCUUCCACCCCGUUCAAAGACGGAAAACGUCUGUCUGGUAAAGGGAGCUGAAAGGAAGAAUUCUGAGGCUAAAGGUUCAUCCCUGCUGGGCUGCACCCUGGGACUGCGGCCAUGCUCACGCUUCCAACACAUGGACAAGGAGGGAAUUCUGGGGCGCCCGACUCACAGACGGUUCGGCCUCUACUGCACGUCACUUUUUUUUUUUUUUCUGAAGACGGCGAACUGCAACCUGAUGCUUCUAACUUGUGUAUCAAUUGUCUAGAGAAGCAAAGAGAGAGAGAGAGAGAGCAGAGAAGAAAGAAAGAAACAACCCACAAACACGUAUAGAUAAAUAUAGAGAGAGAAAUGGAGAGAGAGAGAGAGAGAGAGUGUAAGAUUGAAAAAGCAAAGAAUAUAAACCUUUUUGAAAA